AUGGGAAGUUGUUGCAGCAUCCAAGUUGAAUGUAAUCAAAAGAUUAUUGAUGGUGGAACCCGGGUCAUACUAAAUGGAUCCUCUAAAUAUGUCUCAAUGUACAUCCAAAAGGGUUCAAAAGGAAUUAAUCAAGAUGCAAUGACAGUUUGGGAGAACUUCAAUGGAGAUGAAGACACAAUAUUUUGUGGUGUGUUUGAUGGUCAUGGUCCUCGAGGACACAAAUUUGCACAAUCUAUACGUGACAAUCUACCCUCCACACUCUCUACAACAAUCAAAAUGUCACAACAAAAUGUCUCCAAUGAAAAUGAUGCUAAUGCUACAAACAAAAGCACUUAUAAUGAUUCAUGGGAAGAACACUUUUCUAGCUCUUUCAAUCAAAUGGAUGAACAUCUUGCUAAGAACGUUGACACUGACGGACUUUGUGGCGGUUGCGUAGCGAUAACUUUAAUUAAACAGGGUGACCAAUUGAUAAUUGGCAAUUUAGGGGAUUCUCGUGCAGUUCUUUGCACAAAAGAAGAUAAUAAUCAACUUAUUCCUAUUCAACUUUCUGUUGACAUGGUUCCAGAUGUUCCAAGUGAAAGUAAUAGAGUGAUUAAGUGUGGAGGUAGAGUUUUUGCAGCAGAACAAGAUCCUGAUGUAAAAAGAAUUUGGAUGCCUGAAGGUGAUUGCCCUGGAUUAGCUAUGUCAAGAGCCUUUGGAGAUUUUUGCCUAAAAGAUUAUGGCCUCUCCUCAGUUCCUGAUUUAUCUUAUAGAAAACUUACCGAGCAAGAUGAAUUUAUCGUUUUGGCUUCUGAUGGGAUAUGGAAUGUGUUAUCAAAUGAAGAUGUAAUUAACGAAGUUGCAUCAGCACCAAAGAGAUCAUUAGCAGCCAAAUUGUUAGUGAAACGUGCAGUUAAAGCUUGGAAAAACAAGUAUCCAUUUUACUAUGUUGAUGAUUGUUCAGCCAUAUGUUUGUUCUUGAAUGAUGACCAAGUUAAUGUGUAA